UGUUCCGAUUCCGAGCGUGGAUCACCCCUUGAGAAGCCUCCAUAUUUUUUGAACGACUGUCACUCUCAAUGCUUUCAAAGAAAAAUCGCAAGACAACACACAAAAACACCAAGACCACUUUUGGAUCACUUCACUUCCAGUUUGUUGUUUGAUUUAUUAUUCUUUGAGACACCAUGACCGAAACACGAGAGGCCCAUCCCUUGCAGUCCGUUGUCAACGCCGGCAAUGAGCAAAAGAAGCGUUUGAGCCAUGUUGAAGUCAAGAAGACUGCCGAUUUGAUGUCUUCUGUUCGCACCACGGAAAAGCGAACUUCCCUCAAGACGGUCAAACCCGUCGCCAAGCAGGAUUUGUUGUCCGAAGUCCGCAUCGAAGCUGGAGCGGCCAAGAAGCGUCUCAGCCAUGUCGAGACCAAGGCGGUUGGAAACCUCAUGUCCGAUCUCCGAAAGGCCAAGGAGUAAACAAACAAGCGGCGUCAUUGUCAUUGGUUGAUUUGGUUGUGGUGUGAUUUUGACGGAUUGUCUCUUUCAUUGGAUAUACAAUCAAUCACCAGUGGGGUUACGCGUGUGUCGAUGGAUGGAAAGAGUCUACAAGGUCAGGCAAUCAAGGCGAGUGUUGGCAACCGGUGACCGUCGGUAGAGCGAAGGAGGAAGGAAGAAAUUGUGUACGGGUAAGGAGGACGGAAAGCGACUUUGGGGGCCACCAAAAUGAUAGAGUACAUAGUACAUAGCGGCCAGUUGUAGCGAAAUAAGAAGAAGGAAAUUAGAAAAUGAAUCAAUCACCAAAUCAAUCUACUAAAUACUAAAAGCGUUGUCGCGAAAAAGGCAAAAUGACGGCGUGAACCAGUCACAACGAAUUGAAUUGAUGAUAUACAUGUACUAAAAUAAAUCGUCUCCAACAU